UGAAAAACAGGAAAGGCUUUACGUAGAUUCAUCAACCAACCAGGUUGCGCAUGCUCUUUCUGUACAACUGAGUCGUACAGUUAUUUUUAAAACUGCACUGCCAUUCAACUGUUCGAGCGUCCAGUACGGUAAAGUAGAUAUUUUCAAAGAACAAUUUUUCAUUGAAACGAAAGUAAUUGAAAAACAUGUCCCGUAAUGCGGUUCUGUCCCGGAUGGAAACCGUCUGUGCUGAGGUAAUGGAUAUGCCGGAGAUUUUUCUCGAUGAUGACGAAGAUGAAACUGAUGAGAACGAUGAAAUGGAUGAGCAGGAUGAUGAAUCAGUGGAAAACAUUCCAGCAGACACAGCCGAAGAUGACGAGACGGCGGAAGAUGCAGAAAAUUCCACCCAUAGUGAUACUAAAAGAAACCGCACAGACAAAGAUAAAGGGGUGUCUGUUAAGGUUAACUGCGAAGAUAAAAAGCAGAAGCGCUAUGCUAAAUGGAUAACACGAGCACUAAAGGCAGCAGUGAACCCUAUUGCUUCUAGAUUUAAUCUGAAUCUCAAAGUGAAUCUUGAUCUGAAUGUGGCCAACAAAGGUAAAACUGAUAAAGAAGCAGACGAACAAGGCAGUACCAAACCCAGCGAAAGUAACAAAAACAAGCCUUCUCCAGAACAAUUGAAAAGGCGGGCCGAAUUGGUUCGAAUAAAAGAGCUUGAAAAAGAAAAUAAAUAUCUGGAAAAAGUGUUUCGAAAAAUCGUUUCAGAGUAUACAGGCAUGAAAACAAAACUUGCGGAAAAAGAGGAAAAGUUAGACGAGCAUCAACUAAAACUAACCGGCUUUGAAUCCAAGAAUGAACAGUUGAGUAUAGAGAACAGUUCACUUCAGGAAAAAAUGGCGAACGCGCUAGCUAAUAGCACGGACAUGCAGCAGCAAGUUUUUAAGUUGCGAAACGAUUACUCUCACAUCAAAAAUGAGCUAGAAUCGUCAAAAAAACAAAUCAGUAUUAAAACAGACGAGUUAAAAAAUCUACAAAUGAAAUUAGCGGAGCUAGAGAAGCAAUAUAAUGAUGAAACACGCAACGUACAGGCAAAGUUGUCUGAAGCACUUCAUGAAAAACAAGUCAUAUUAACUUCAAAGGAAAGCGAAAUCGUUCGCCUGACUGAGCAGCUACGACUCGUGCAGGAUGAAAAAUCUCAAUCAGAAUCAAAAUACCAGGCAGCGCUGCAGGAACACAUGCAAAAUAGAACACAAAUGGAGCUAAGAAACGUAGAGCUGAUGCAACGUAAUCGGGAGCUGAAUUCCUUUGUUAAUAGGGAAGCACCACAAACGGAUAACCAAACCACCAAGGAGCAAGCUUUGGCAUGCACUUACUCGUGUCCCAUAUGCCAAAGUACAUUCAAAUAUUUUAGUGAUCUACAAAUUCAUACGGAAAAUUGUGGUACUUGACUUUUAUUAAAAAACAUGAAUUUACGUGUCAAUAGUUGUUAUGUUUUCUAUUUAGUACAUAAAGCAUUUCAUCAUAAACAGUGAAAAAUAUUGCCGAAC